UUUUUACAUGUAAAAAGCCUUAGUCAUUAUACAUGGAAGUAAUUGAAAGCAGAUGCUGUAGUGAAAAGCUACCACAGCAGCCUUAUUCAAAACAUUAAAAAGAAAUAAAAUGUUUGCUAAUUCAUCUCUCCUUUGACUUUUUUAAGUUGUUCAACGAAAAAGAUUGGCUAGGUAAGAACUUUUCUUUAUUCCAGUUUAUUAUGAGUCAUAAGAUUAAAAAUGAAUUUCUUAGCAUCCAAAGCAUCAAUACGAAAGGAAAUUCUUGCAAAAUCUGAACCAAGUUCAAGUAAACAUUAGAGACCCUGAAAAAGCAACUAUUUAAAGCAGAGGAAUGUAAACUCAUGGUGUGCUUAAUGAAGUAUUAUCAGACUUAGUAAACAACUUGGUCAUUUGACAUAUCAUAGCUAAACUCAUAAAGUCUUAGAUUAUUGUUGGUGUAGAGUGGUAUUAUUGAGUGGUGUAUUAUUUUGUCAUGAAUACAAAAAAUCUGUUCACUUGCAUUUUCUGCAGGCAAAGUGAGGUUUUCAGUGACUUGUUUGGGGUGGCAAGGUUGGGGAUAUUUGAUGCUGACAAAAUCAAAGCUGGAGGUAUAAACUGUCACCAUGUGUACGUCCGUGUAGCAUUGGUUGAUUUCAGCAUGUAAUAUUUGAUAUAAAAAUGUUAUCACAGUUUGUAUGUUAAUGUCACCUAGUUUGGUAUGUCCUUGUAACACUGGAGCUGCUUCUAUGCUUAUAUGAAGUCCGCCUUAGUGCUAUGCUCAUCAGUGGCGCACAUCUGGACUGAGCUUUGCAAUAAGUCAUCCGCUGCUGAUUAAUAGGCAUUUACAGCUGGAGCAAGGGUGAUUGAUUAUUAAUCUGGCAUGCAAGGGUGAUUGAUUAUUAAUCUGGCAUGCAAGGGUGAGUGAUUAUUAAUCUGGCAUGCAAGGGUGAUUGAUUAUUAAUCUGGCUUGCAAGGAUGAUUGAUUAUUAAUCUGGCAUGCAAGGAUGAUUGAUUAUUAAUCUGGCAUGCAAGGGUGAUUGAUUAUUAAUCUGGCAUGCAAGGAUGAUUGAUUAUUAAUCUGGCAUGCAAGGGUGAUUGAUUAUUAAUCUGGCAUGCAAGGGUGAUUGAUUAUUAAUCUGGCAUGCAAGGGUGAUUGAUUAUUAAUCUGGCAUGCAAGGGUGACUGAUUAUUAAUCUGGCGUGCAGGGGUGAUUGAUAAUUAAUCUGGCAUGCAAGGGUGAUUGAUUAUUAAUCUGGCAUGCAAGGGUGAUUGAUUAUUAAUCUGGCAUGCAAGGAUGAUUGAUUAUUAAUCUGGCAUGCAAGGAUGAUUGAUUAUUAAUCUGGCAUGCAAGGGUGAUUGAUUAUUAAUCUGGCAUGCAAGGAUGAUUGAUUAUUAAUCUGGCAUGCAAGGAUGAUUGAUUAGUAAUCUGGGAUGCAAGGGUGAUUGAUUAUUAAUCUGACAUGCAAGGAUGAUUGAUUAGUAAUCUGACAUGCAAGGGUGACUGAUUAGUAAUCUGGCAUGCAGGGGUGAUUGAUAAUUAAUCUGGCAUGCAAGGGUGAUUGAUUAUUAAUCUGGCAUGCAAGGGUGACUGAUUAUUAAUCUGGCGUGCAGGGGUGAUUGAUAAUUAAUCUGGCAUGCAAGGGUGAUUGAUUAUUAAUCUGGCAUGCAAGGGUGACUGAUUAGUAAUCUGGCAUGCAAGGAUGAUUGAUUAUUAAUCUGGCAUGCAAGGGUGAUUGAUUAUUAAUCUGGCAUGCAAGGGAGAUUGUUUAGUAAUAUGGCAAUUAUCUAAUUUGUGCAACCCUACCUAUAUCCUAGUUUUAAUCAUUUUAAGAUGAAUUUGUAUGUCCUUGUCACAUUGGUUUGUAUUUGUUGUAACAUAAUUUGUAUGUCUCCAUGUAGCUCAACAGCCAGUAGUACAAGUAGAGCCUGACUUGUGGCAGACACUUGAUGAGGAAAAGUUGAGGACUGUUGGAAGUGGACUACCCAGGAAUGCUUUUGAAGAAAUGAUUCAAUUGACCAAAGAAGGCAAACUUUGGCAGUUUCCUAUAGAUAAUGAAGCAGGUAAUUUUUGCAUGUAUAUUAACCUCAGUUGUCUCCCAUUGCUGUUGUUCCUGUACUAAAAGUGUUUUACAGAAUGUGGACACUAGCCUCUAUGCCCACCCCUCCUCCUAUGUCCUGAUCUGGGAUAGGCCAUGGGUUGAGUUCUUUGUGUCUUUACACCUGUACUGAAGUGAAAAAAAAGCUACCACAGUGACCACGUAAGCUACAAAUGGAACUUGGGAUUGCAACAGAUAGAAAAUUGGGGAAAGACCCUCAUUUUAUUGUUUCAUAUUAGGAUAGUUGUACAGGUUCUUAUAAUUGUAUUUACAUUGCUUUUAGGUGGAAGAAAAACAAAAUUUAAAAGGAAAAGUGAUUUUACUUUGUAUUAUAAUUUAAAAAAAACUGCUACCUCAAUCUCCCACACAUCCAGGACUUUCCUCAGGUACAGAAAAAGCAGGGAAAUGCCUGGGGCCCUAAGUUCUAUGGGACUCAUUCUGAUCCCAAACAAAAAAUUUAAAUACUAAAUAAAUGGAAAAUAACUUUUACACAAAUGAAAAACAAUAUGCUGUCGAUCGACUCAUUUGUGAUGGGCCUAUUUCUUUUUACAACCAUGAUCGCUCAGAGGUAUAACAGCUAGUCUAUUUAAAUGAAAUAGUACGGCAUCCCCCCUAAAAAUAAAAUAAAUUUUUUUUGACUCAUAAUACUUUAAAAAAGAAUUUAUCUACCAUAAAACAAUAUAUGUUAAGAUUUAAUUAUGGUUACACAAAAUACAAAUUUAAAUGUUUUGGCAAAUGCCUUCAUCAAUACAACAAAAAACAUUCAUUAAGUACAAAUUAUAUUUACAUCAUAUAUAUAUAUAUAUAUAUAUAUAAUUCCUACCCAUACCUAAAUACAAUGGAACUUCUCAUAACGAGCACCUCUCAUAACGAGUAAUUCACAUAAUGAGCAAAAAAAAAUGUGAGCGCCAUUUCGCAUAACGAGUUACGCAGAAAGGGGAAGUCCCUUUUUCCCGACAUUCAUUUUUGAGCCGGGACUUCCGUGCCGAUGCAUUAGUCUGUGUUUAGCACUCGGUCUGUUAGCGUAUUGUUUUCGUGUGCGAUCACCAGUUUUUACAAAUUUUGUAUUCAGACAGUAUUCGUAAUUUUUUUUAUGUGCAAAGUGUAAUAACCUAUGCUAAAAUGUCUUCGAAGAAAAAACCACAAGAAGACAAUCAUAAGAGAGAGAAAAUAACUGUUGAAAUGAAACGUAAAAUCAUUGAAAAGCGAGAACAAGGUGUGAGCGUGGCUAAUCUAGCGCGCACAUACAAUCGGUCAACAUCAACGAUCUGCACUAUUCUCAAGAACAAAAACAAAUUUAAGGAGAUGGGUGCUUCAAAGGGAGUGUCAAGAAUGUCUAAGAAACGGUUAUGUAUUCUUGAUUAUGUUGAGAGGUUGCUUCUAAUAUGGAUAUACGAGAAGGAAUUACAAGGCGACACUAUUAACGAAAACAUUAUUUGUGAGAAGGCGAAACUUAUUUUCGCUGACCUCAUUAAGAAAACACCAGGAUCUUCUACUGCUGAAAAAGAACUACAAUUCAAGGGAAGUCAUGGAUGGUUCGAGAAGUUUAAGAGAAAAACCGGGAUCCAUAGGGUUGUGAGGCAUGGUGAAGCAGCAAGCCCUGACAAAAGAGCAGCAGAGAACUUCAUCAUUGACUUCAAGAAGCUCAUAGAUUUUGGGCGUUACCUGCAGCAACAAGUUUUUAAUUGUGUCGAAACGGGUCUCUUCUGGAAGAAAAUGCCAAAGCGAACCUAUAUAACAGCAGAAGAGAAUGCAUUGCCAGGCCACAAGCAAAUGAAAGACCACCUCACGCUGCUAUUUUGUGCCAAUGCAAGUGGCGAUUUGAACAUUAAACCGCUGCUUGUUUACCAUUCAGAAACUCCACGAGCCUUUAAGAAGUGUAAUGUCCAGAAGAGCAGACUAAAUGUGAUGUGGAGAUCCAACAAGAAGGCCUAGGUGACACAUGACAUUUUCACUGAUUGGAUCAGUGAAGUGUUUGGUCCUUCCGUAAAAAAAUUUUUGCUUGAGAUGAAUCUUCCUCUCCAUGUCUUGCUUGUUAUGGACAAUGCGCCCGCCCAUCCUCCAGGCCUACAAGAUGAUAUUUAUGAAGAAUUUAAUUUCAUCAAUAUCCACUUUCUGCCUCCCAACACCGCUCCGUUACUCCAGCCUAUGGACUAUCAGGUUAUUUCUAACUUUAAAAAACUCUACACUAAAACACCCUUUGAGCGUUGUUUUGAAGUUACCGAAGAGACAAAUCUCACUCUUAGAGAGUUUUGGAAAGAUCAUUUUCACAUCGUUGCUUGCCUCAAGAUGAUUGACAAGGCUUGGGAAGGAGUUACCAAGAGGAUCCUCACUUCUGCUUGGAAAAAACUUUGGCCAGAGAGUGUUGUUGAAUGUGAUUUUGAAACAGUACCUGUGGAGUCUGCAGUUAACAAGAUUGUGCUUUUGGCCAAUAUCAUGGGACUCUAGGUGGACAACAACGUUAUUUAAGAGCUUGUGAAAGAGCACAGCCAAGAGUUGACCACCGAAGAGCUUAUGGAGUUGCAGCGUGUUUCACAGUAAGAAAUUAUGGAGGAGAGCUCAUUAAUGGAGGAGGAAGUAGCAGAGCAACAAUCUUCUAGCGCAUAAUAGAAAUGCUGAAAGCAUGGGAAACUGUUGCAUCGUACAUUGAGAAGCAUCACCCUAAUAAGGAGGUGGCUAUUCGUGCUACAAAUUUAUUCAAUGAUAAUGCUGUGACACAUUUUCGUCAAAUUUUGAAGCGUCGACAAAAACAAAUGUCUUUAGACAGUUUUCUAGUUAAAAGGAUUAAUUAUUUGUCAUAAAUUCAUAUUUUUAUUUACAUUUUUUGUUUCAAAUCUAAAUUGUAUUCCAAGUUGUGACACUCCUUAACAAUUCAUAAGUAAUUUUAUUUAACAAAUUUUUGAAAAAAUGAGUAUUUUUUCAGCAUGGAACGCAUUAUCGUAUUUUACAUUGAUUUGUAUGGGAAAAAUUGUUUUGUUUAACGUGUGUUUCGCAUAACGAGUAAGAUUCUGGAAUGAAUUAUGCUCGUUGUGAGAGGUUCCACUGUAUUUAAAACUAAAAUCAGUGUCUGUUUUUUUUUAACCAGUAACUUCUUUAGAUUAUUCUAAAAACUCCAGUCAGUUAUUUCACUGGAACAUAAGGUUUUUAAAACUGAAAUUGAUUAAAAAAUUUUAAAGGUUAAUAUAUGUAUCACAUCUUUGGCUAUCCUGUCUGUUAAUAAAAUAAAAGGAAAACCAGCUCAUGACACCUUUUCUGUUGACCAAAGGUUAAGACUUGUGCUCUAGGGCAGUGUUUCCCAUCCGUUGAAGUUUUGUGGACCGUUGGAUAAGUUUCCUAUUGGUGCCAGAUUUAUUAAUAAUUAUGGAUCUUUUUCUUUGACAUAUAUGUCUGAAAUGUUUUUUUUAAAUAGCCAAUCUGAGUGUAGUAUAUUAACUAUAAUAAUUUAAUGUUAACCAUGAUAUGUUUUUUUGUUAUGUCUGUUUAAAUUUAUUUAACUUGUAUACAGUUACUUGUCUCAUGUUGUGUGAACUGGCAACUUUGAAUGCUGUAGGCGCAAAGCCAAAAAGUUGCAGGAGGCCUGCUAAAGUCAGGCGAUGGCUGGGUCACAUCCUGCUCUUGGAUAUAUAUAUUCGAUAUGUUAUGAAAUCAACUCAAGUGAGCUCUGGCAAAUUUGAAAUUUUCAAUUUGAUGUCACCAGGGUUGCAUCCUUCACUUGUAUAUAACUUUAACACAACAUUUUAACUUGCUAAAGUCCCUUAACAAAUAAAUUAGGCCUCACUAAUUUUGAUUUUUUUUAUUAAAGACAUGCACGAAGAGAGGAAGUACAAGUUUCAUGACCAUGUGUUUCUGGAACAGCACUUGUCACUAUUUCCAGACAAGGGGCCUGUCAGGAAGUUCAUGGAGCUGAUCGCACUGGGACUCAGUUUGAACCCUUACAUCACCGUGCCAGAAAAGCUGGAGCACAUUCGAUGGUAUGCUGAGUACUUCAGGGAGAAGCAGGGCAUCUUAGAAAGUGUUGUUGGCGAGCAGGCCAGGAUGAAAGACGGCGAGGAAAAAAAAGAAAAUUGAAAGCUAGGAUUUAAAAAAAUUAGUUGAAAAUUAGUAUGAAGAAAGCUUUCAGAAGUAUGCAUUGCAAACUUUUAAUGUUUAUGUGAACAAUGAUUUGAUUUCCUGCUCCAACAAUAAGUUGUCAGGAAAUAUUUAGUUUUAAAAAUAUAUUUUUGAAAAGAAAGUUUGUUUAGGGUUUUGAACAAAAUUUCAACAUGUGCAUUUGUGUGUAAGUGUAAGUGUAGGCUUUUCUGUUAUGUGGAAAGAUUGGUCCAAUGAAGGGCACAAUGCAGACACAUUCAACAAAUACACACUGGAGGAUGUAAAAAUGCAUGAGUGGAUGCUAUUCAGAGAUCCCUGUUGAUCUUGCUUUCAUUAAGAAUGUAAACAACCCUGGAAAUCACUAUAUUAUUGUUGAUGUUUUGAUAUUUAAAUGUGGAGUUUUAUGUGUUUGUGCCUGGUAUAAAAAUUAGUUAUUGGUAAUAAAUAAUUGAAAGAUUUUCCCUUAAAAGAAAAUUAGGUCCCUGCUUGCAGGAAAUAAAUUACUUAAGUUGUUUUUUGUUUCAUUUAUCGUAUGCUAAAUAUAGUAAUAAUCUCAAAUAUCGUGGGGUUAUGUUCAGUGGGCCCGGGCCCCGAAUUGUGAAAAACCACGAAGUAGGAUUUAUUUAUAAUUUAAAUUACUUUAAAGCUUAAUAAAACCAUCACACACUCUUAUAAAAAGUUAUAUUUACUUAUACUUAUAUAGUUAUAUUUAU